ACAUUUUCUCAAUAGUUUGCCUUGAGGGGGGAUAGACAGGUUUUUAUGGAGGAACUGAACUUACGAUAAGGUGCAUCAUAGCUUCUGAAGUUCGAUAUUUAUAACUUUGUCAACAUUGGCGUUUUGAAAUCAAAGAUUUGUUGGAGAUUUGAAACUCUCUGCGAAGGAGUCUGGCAUUUGGAUUUGGGGGGAAACUGGAUCAAACCCUUAAGAAAACAAAUAUUCUGGAGUGUGGAGAAAAUUUGUGAAACAUCUGGGUAUUUCUGAUAAAUAUUGUCUGUAUUCUCAGGGGGGGGGAACUGCCCUGCUGGAUUUUGAUAUUUUUUAAAAAAAAUAUGUUCUAGAUUUUGCUCUCUUUUAGUCUGAAUUUGAGAAGGGAAGUUUGUUAGCAUCUGUGGACUGAUAAACUGGGACUUUCCGCUGGCCAUGCCUUGAAAAUCCAAGAGGAAAGUUCAGGCUUUCUGGAUUUCAUGACGCUGCAAAUUCUGUGGGUGUUUUGUGUGUGCCAGUUUGUUUUUUUAAAGAAACCUUGGAGAGACGUUUUGUAAAUGUCUCUCUUCUGGCUUGCAAUUCCACCCUGUGGUUGCAACACAAGCCCCUGUUCUAACUUGUUGGGUUUUCACUCUGCCGGUCUCAAUCCAUGCAGGCUGGAAGUGGUCAGGCCUACCCAGAUGGCUUUUCUGGGAAAGUUCUGCUGACCAAGAGGUUUGGGAAGACUUAUAAAAACUUCUGGGCGGAAAAAGAAAUCCGAGAAGAGAACAGCAAAUUGAAACUGGCUGAGCUUCUAAGAAACCACGCUCAUUGCUAUCAAAGUAUAGGAAUGGAUUGAUUUUCUUGGGAUUUUUUUUUCACUUUUGCAUUGGAUUACUGUGUUGCACCAAUUAAACCAACCUUUUCCCAAGGAACUUUCUUUUUCAAUCUGCUGUCGCUCCUUCCAUCCCAAAAGAACUGGAUUUUUUUAAAAAAAAACAGAUAUAAAACUGGUCGUUACAUUUCUCAGGAAUCUUUUCUUCUUUUUGGUGCAACCAAGAGCACAAAGGACAACCAUGCACCUAUUUUUUCAGGGCUCUUAACGUAGUAGAGGAACAGAGAAGGUGCGAUUUUGGUUCACGGUUGCCGCUUUUCACUUCUCCCGUCGUCAGCUUCGACACCUUGUCUGUUCAACAUGGCUGCUCAGCUGUGCCGCGCCCUUUACGACAACGCCGCCGAGUGCCCGGACGAGCUGUCCUUCCGUAAGGGCGACCUGAUGGUUCUGCUGCAGCCCGAAGCCCCGGGCCUGGAGGGCUGGCACCUGUGUUCCUUGCACGGCCAACAAGGGAUAGUGCCGGCCAACAGGGUCAGGGUCCUCCCAGAGCCGGGAUCCCCUGGGCUGAGCCCUCGACGAAAUCACGGCCCAGGUGAGGUCUACCAGGUGCCCAGAAAGGAGAUGGCCCUGGUCGGAACUGUCUACGAAGUGCCUCCGGAUGAACAUAGGAGAAGGAGGCAAAAAGAAGAAGACCAGGAGGUGUAUGAGGUGCCACCGCCUGCAAGGCCCUGCCCCCUGCCCCCAGAGGGGAUCUACAGGGUGCCUCGAGGCACCAGACGAGAUGGAGACCCCACCGAGGUUUACGACGUCCCUUCGUCCCUGCUCAGGGACCCUCCGUCGGACACCUACGACUCGCCUUCCCCGUGCCCGAAGAAAGUGGCUCGGGUGGCCCCCCAGCCCGCAACGCCCCUGCUCUCGGAUGACCCCUACGACGUGCCGCUGGCCUUCAAAAAAAACCCAGGCCAAGAGGUGGAAGAGGCGGUGGAGGAUGGAGGCCUGGAGCGGCCCCUCGUCUACGCCACUCCGUCAAACUUGCGCCGGGCUUCGGCCUUGCUCAACUUGUACGAGUCGCCUGAGGAAGUGCUGGGGGGAGGGAGGGAGGGAGCGGAGCAGGAGGAGGAGGAGGAGGACGGGGGCAUCUAUGACGUCCCUCUGCUGGCCCCCGGCUCCCCGCCCCUCGAGGGGGUGCUGCAAGGACUCAGCCUGAGGGAGCCGGGGGGCCCUUCCCGCCCGCGCCUGCCUUCCGCCGAGAGCUUAUCCCGUCGCCCGUUGCCUGCCCUCCCCAGCGAAGAGCGGCUCGCCGUGGAGCCCCCGCCCCCGUCGCCGAGCAUCGUCCGGAAGGGCAGCAUCCAGGACCGGCCGCUGCCCCCGCCCCCACCCCGGCUGGGGGGUCUUGGAGCGGGAGACCAGCUGGAGCAAGUCCGGGACGAGGGUCACAAUGAAUACGAGGGCAUCCGUCUGGCGGACGAGUACGACUACGUGCACCUCAAGGGGGCAGAUAAAAUCCAGCCCAAAGUAACGACUCCUGAAGGGACCCCCGGACUCGCGCUACCUGGAGACACCGCUCAGACUGAAGAAAUGACGCCACCUUCCCCAGAGGACAGCCAGCUACUCCAGUUCUACACGGGGCAAUGUCAGACUCACUACGCCACGCUGCUUUCAGCCAUUGAGGCGCUCCUCGCCAGUGCUGGCGCCCAUCAGCCCCCCAAGGUCUUUGUACCCCACGGCAAAUUUGUCAUCGUCACGGCGCACAAACUGGUCUUCGUGGGGGACACCGUGUCCCGCCUGGCGUCCUCGGCGACCGUGCGGUCCAGGGUGGGGUCCGCCAGUGGCGCCCUCUGCCAAGCCCUGAAAGAAGCAGUGCUGUCCGUCAAGGGGGCCGCCCUGCGCUACCCUUCGCUUCCUGCCGCUCGGGAGAUGCGGGAGUGCGUGGUGGAGCUCUCCCGACAAGCCUUGGCCUUCACCUCUUUGCUCGGCACCCUGGCGCCAUCUUGACCCUGCGCUCUGCGUCCACUUUGGAUUCAUCACCAGCGAACGUCUGACCCCCCUCUGCUGCGACGCAUACUAGAACCCACCCACCCCCAGUGGCAAUAAUGAACACGUCACCUUGGGCCUCUUACGGCAGCCGUGCCCUGUAGACCCGUGAGUGCCCGUGGGUAACAGCGGCUGUUGUUUCCUAUGAACUCUGCCUAUAUGUUCGUCAAGACCCUACCAGGACCUCUCACGCCCAUAGCAGUCAGCAUCUGUAUUCGAAAGCAACGUUUUGUGACCUCUGACCCUUGGGUGCUCAACUUUGAAGAUAACUUUGCUCGGCUUCUUUCCUAAGCAAACAAGGCCUUUGACCUGUACCUCAACCACUCCCAUUCUUGACCAGAAACGGGCUUUGCGAGCACCCAAACGUCUCCUUCUUGUUUUACUUCCUCAUGCUUGCGCCUGCGACCUAUGACCUCUGGCACUCUUUCUUCCUCCGGCUGGGUUCCCACCGCACCAGUGGAACAUCCAAAUUGUCCCAUCUCCAAUAUUAGGGUCUCUGCACUAUUUCCCCAGGAGCCUCCGAUCAAGACGGUGGCGUUGGGUUGGAGACCAAAGACACAAAUUGAACUCGAGCCGGGCGGUGCCACCCUCACGGCCGCCCCACAGACCCGACCGGGCGUUAUUAGGGGCACAACCCCACUGUCUUCCAAAAAGCCUUAAAAGAGGGUGAAUAGAAUGGUUGGGAAACAGCCCUUUUCCUCUUGAAACAAUGACUGGGAGAAGGAAAAACACAAAAGGAAUGAGAGAAUGACUGAUAUUGCCACAGCAGAGAGGAUUUU